AUGAUCGCCACCAGCGGGGGCCUGAACCAGCAGCGAACAGGGAUCAUAGAUGCUGUUGUUGCAGCGCGCAUUCUGAAUGCAACACUUGUCAUUCCAAAGCUUGAUCAGGCAUCUUUCUGGAACGACGCAAGUGAUUUUGGGGAGAUAUUUGAUGCUGACUCAUUCAUAUCCUCGCUCGCAAAUGAUGUAAAGAUCAUACGACAAGUACCUGAUAUAAAUGGGAAAACACCAUUUCCAUAUAAGAUGCGUGUACCUAGGAAGUGUACUCCAAAAUGCUAUGAGAACCGAGUACUACCUGCCCUUUUAAAGAAGCAUGUUGUUCAACUAACAAAAUUUGACUACCGGGUUUCCAACAGGUUGGAGACUGAUCUUCAAAAGCUGAGGUGUAGAGUCAAUUAUCAUGCACUAAAGUUCACAGAUCCAAUUCUCGAAAUGGGCCGAUUGCUUGUCCAAAGAAUGAGAGCCAAAAGCGGACGCUUCAUUGCUCUUCACCUAAGGUUUUGA